UACCUGGAGUCGGCUGCGGCAGUGCGAGGCGUGGGGCCGACAGCGGGAGAGCCAAUUCACAGCGGCCGCUUCCUCGGACUCACUUCAGGGCCGCCACCGACACAGGGAAUGCAGUGGCUGCCCGGAGCGACGGCCAGCGAGCCGAGGACCUCCGCCGCCGGCGAACGUAGCCGAGGUGUGCCGAGCAGCAGCGGCGGGGGCGGCGUCGGCGUCGGCGUCGGCGGCGACUGCGCAGCCCCCGGCGGCGGCGUCAGGCUCGAGUUCUUCCUGCCGCUCGCUCUCAACAUCGCGUCCCUUUUCUUGGUGGUGGUGACGCUGGCGGCGGCGCCGGCGCUGUGGUCCGCGGGCGUCGUGCUGUCGGCGGCCGCUGUAUCGGCCUGGUGGUUCAGCUACUGGCGGCGACGCGGCGUGCCACAGCUGUGGCCGCUGCCGCCGUACGGCGACGGCUGGGGCUGCGUGCUGCUGGCGCGCGACAUCGGCGCGCAGCUGUCGCGGCUGUGCGCCGCUGCCGCGUCGGCGUCGGCGCCGGUGCUGGGCGUCUACCUGCUGUGGCGGCCCGUGCUGCUGGCCAGGAGCCCGCAGGCGGCGGCGGCGGCGCUGCGCGCGCUGCACGACCACGGGCUGGCCGCCAACGUGCCGCCGCCCCGCGGCCUCUUCCACCAGGCGGGCGGCCGGUGGCGCCGCUCCCGAGAGCUGCUCGUGCCCGCCUUCUCCGGCACCACGCUGCGCGCCAUCUUUCAGCAGACGCUGCAGCCGGCGGCGGAGCGCCUCGGCCGGCGGCUCGCUUCCAGCUCUUCCCGCAGCGGCGCCACCGUCGCCGACGCGCACCGCCUGGCCAGCGACUUCGCCGCGGAAGUCAUCGCCGAGGCUGUGCUGGGCCUGCGCAGGGCUCCGGGGGACGCAGACCACCCGGCACUGGAGGAGCUGCGCGCGUGGUCGCGCCGCCGGCUGCGGCCGUCGCUGUGGCACUUCCUGCCCACGGCGCUGUCCUUCAUGGCGCCCCGCGUGGCGGCGCUGCUGCCCCAGGGCCCGGUGCCGCCUCCCGACUUCCUGCGCAUCGUCCGGGGGGUGGCCGAAGCCAACGCCGAGGCGGGCGACUGCGCGCAGCGGCGCGACAUCGCCACGCACCUCCAGAAGCUGCGGGAUGAGGGCCUGAUGAGCGGCGUGGAGACGAGCGUGCACGCGAUGCUGAUGUUCUCGGGCGCCAUGGAGGCGACGGCGUCGGCGCUGGCCUACUGCCUGCUGGAGGUGGCGCUCAACCCGGGCGUGCAGCGCCGCCUCAGGGCCGAGCUGAGGGCCGCCGGCGCCCUGCAGGGCGAGGGCCGCCGCCUGCCCUUCGACGCGCUCGCCGGCCUGCCCUACCUCCACUGCGUCGUGCACGAGACGCUGCGCAAGCACCCGCCGCUGGCGAUGCUGAACCGCGAGGUGGGGCAGGAGGCGGCCGAGGCGUCGGCGCAGCUGGGCUGCCGCCUGGAGCCGGGCACCGCCGUCGUGGUGCCGCUGGCGGCGCUGCACCGCGACCCCAGCCUCUUCCCGCAGCCGCACCUCUUCCUGCCCGAGCGGUUCUCCCCCGAGGAGGCGCAGCGCAGGCACCCCUGCGCCUACCUGCCCUUCGGCGGAGGGCCGCGGACCUGCAUCGGUAAGCGCCUGGGCCUGCUGCUGAUGAAGGCGGCGGUGUCGGAGGUGGUGCUGCGCUGCCACCUGCAGCCGUGCGCCUGGACGGCGGCGCAGCCCGCCGCCGAGCCCUGGGCGCCGGUGCUGGUGCCGCAGGGCGGCAUCUGGCUGCGCUUCUCGCCCCUCCGAGAUGGCUGCUGCGACGACCACGACGCGGUCGCUGGCGCCACCCCGCGGCCUGCGAGCAGUCCGGACGAGGCUGCAGGCACCAGCUUAACGUAGCCUCCCGAUGGAGCCGAUGGAGUUUUCUGGUCGGCGCUGUAGAGCCAGCCGACUCGCAGUUUGUCAGUGUGUGGACCCAUUAGCCGCCUCACUGACUGUUGUGUAUUACACAUUGGGUCCUCGACUGCCAGCUCUUCAUAACGAGUACUGACGGUAUUCAGAUCUUUCGAGAUAUGGCAGUAAUAACACUGAAUCUGCUUUGUUGAUGAGCAGGAUAUCGCUUACAAAGCAACCAGUUCCUCUCCAGCAAUAUUUACUUACCAGCGUUGCGAACUCACAGUCUUACGGGUAUACACGUCAUUCCAGUCUCGAUAGUUCUAGUGAUUAGAUGAAAGCACUAGGGCGUUUCUACAAAUUGACUAUUAAACGUCUUAGAUUUUGCAUAUCUUACUUCAAGUGCAUAUGGUAGCUUAUGCUCCCAGAGAUUUUUGUUAAACUGGCCAUGAGUCUACUGAUCUUAUUUCAAACUAUGCCGCCCUAAGCGAUGUAACAUCAUAGUCACUGAUUUGGAUUUUUACGCUUGUGCAAAUGUUAGAUUUAUACAUGUAUGCUGUUGUCUUUUAAUGGUAACGCUGCUUAAGAUAUAUUGUUAGAAAUAACUGCUUUUUCCGAAAAAAAUGUGGACUACAGACAAGAACUGAACACGGAAUUAUCGUAUUCGCCACCUGAUGUUUCUGAAACCUUUCUCGAACAGAUAUUUCUGUUAAUGAAAUUAAUCCGUUGCAAGAUCUCUUUACGCACAUUCAGUGCUCUUCCGUGUUUCAGACAGUCUUGGCCUGAGUCAACAGGUUACUAAAGUCUGCUUAUUAAUUUUCCAGAACAGAAGAUUUUGUGGAUUACAGAUAUGUUGCAAAGAAGGAAAACAUGGUUCUCGCUCUGAGCCACCAUUUAUUUAUCAAUCGUAGGCUGUUUAUAAUUUGACAGAAAGCUAAACACCAUCUUCGACUGGGCUUAAAACGUUCUUACAGGAGUCUCCACAACUACAGUAUGAAUUCUAUUUGCCUAGAAAAUACUAUCCAGAUGCGAUACGCCAGUUUAAGUGUGAAUAGCUCAAGAAGAACACAAUGACGAUAACAAAUAAUGAGUUGGAUGAUUACAUCUGAUAUUAAGGAUAAGUGUACUUCGACUGAGUUUCGUUUUAAUGACACAUGAUAUCAUUAAUAUGGUUUUA